CUUCUCUCGCCGCUUUUAAAUUUUCUCCGGUCGCCUGACUUUAGUGUUCUGAUUCGAACAAAUACGAUAAUUAGUUUGUCUAUUGAAGAGUUUUUUAAAACCAAAAUCUAAUUUCGGAAUUUGUGUUGAGUGACAUCUUCCAUGGCAAUCGAUUGUUUUGUACUCGGUGCUGGACAAGAGAUUGGAAAGAGCUGCGUAGUGGUGACGAUUAACGGUAAAAGGAUAAUGUUUGAUUGUGGGAUGCAUAUGGGCUGCGAUGAUCACAAUCGAUACCCAGAUUUUUCUCUCCUCUCUAAAUCCGGUGAUUUUGAUAACGCCAUCUCAUGUAUCAUCAUCACUCAUUUUCAUAUGGAUCAUGUUGGAGCGCUUCCUUACUUCACGGAGGUUUGUGGGUAUAAUGGGCCAAUUUAUAUGUCGUAUCCCACAAAGGCUUUGUCUCCAUUAAUGCUUGAGGACUACCGAAGAGUAAUGGUGGAUAGAAGAGGCGAAGAGGAGCUAUUCACCACUACCCAUAUCACAAACUGCAUGAAAAAAGUAAUCGCAAUAGAUUUGAAGCAAACAAUUCAGGUUGAUGAAGAUCUUCAAAUCCGUGCCUAUUACGCAGGGCAUGUCCUUGGAGCAGUGAUGGUUUAUGCAAAAGUGGGAGAUGCAGCAAUUGUGUACACUGGCGAUUACAAUAUGACAACAGAUAGACAUCUAGGAGCAGCUAAAAUUGACAGACUCCAGUUGGAUCUUCUCAUAUCAGAGUCCACAUAUGCAACUACCAUUCGCGGCUCAAAAUAUCCCCGGGAGAGAGAGUUUCUUCAAGCUGUUCAUAAAUGUGUUGCUGGCGGCGGGAAGGCACUGAUUCCUUCAUUUGCUCUUGGAAGGGCUCAGGAACUCUGCAUGCUGCUUGAUGAUUACUGGGAGCGUAUGAAUAUAAAGGUUCCAAUUUACUUCUCAUCAGGUCUGACCAUCCAAGCAAAUAUGUAUUACAAAAUGCUCAUCAGCUGGACAAGCCAGAACGUUAAAGAAAAGCACAAUACACAUAACCCAUUUGAUUUUAAGAAUGUUAAAGAUUUUGAUCGGUCUCUUAUACAUGCGCCUGGGCCAUGUGUUCUCUUUGCAACACCUGGUAUGCUUUGUGCUGGCUUCAGUCCUCACACAGAUGCAAAAGGAAUAAUGGAUCUCACAAAGUUUCUUUCCCCAAAGAACGUUGUACUCGUGCACGGCGAAAAACCCAGCAUGAUGAUUCUUAAGGAUAAGAUAACCUCAGAGCUUGACAUCCCCUGUUUCGUUCCCGCCAAUGGUGAAACAGUUUCAGUAGCUUCAACCACUUUUGUAAAAGCAAACGCUUCUGAUAUGUUCCUUAAAAGCUGCUCCAGCCCGAAUUUCAAAUUCUCAAACUCUACUCAGCUCCGUGUUACAGACCAGAGAACUACAGACGGGGUUUUGGUAAGAGAGAAGAGCAAAAAGGCAAAGAUUGUUCACCAAGAUGAAGUCUCUGAGUUGUUACAUGAGAAAAACCAUGUGGUCUCUUUAGCUUAUUGUUUUCCAGUGAAAGCUAAGGGAGAAUCAGAUAAUGAUGCUGAUCUGAUCAAACAAUUGUCUGCAAAGAUCUUGAAGACAGUGUCUGGUGCUGAGAUCCAUGAAUCUGAAGACUGUUUGCAGGUUGGAUCUUUCAAGGGGUCUUUGUGUCUGAAAGAGAAGUGUAUGCAUCGAACAGAGAUAAGCAGUUGUAGUGAAGCUGUGUUCUUGUGUUGUAACUGGUCUGUUGCAGAUUUAGAGCUUGGCUGGGAAAUCAUCAGUGUAAUGAAACUAAUAAAUCUAGAUAACACCUGUAAGGUCAAAGGUGAUUUAUUGCUGAUGUCAUCGACUUCUUCAGACUCCACGGCGGCGCGUGAUCAACAUGCGCCACUACUCCGCCCGCGUCGCGAAGGCUCUUCUCCUUCAUCAGCCAGACCUACAGCUCUCGCCGUUCUAUUGGGACGGAUCACCGGCCACCGUGCACCGUCGAUGCUUGUGAGAGAGACGGCGGCGCGUGCUCUGGAGGAGAGACGAAUUGAUUGGGGUUACUCGAAACCUGUAGUUGCUGCUGAUAUACUCUGGAACGUUGCUCUGGUGCUUGCGUCGGCGGUUAUGCUUGUCGGUACCGUCGAAGAAAGACCUAACGAGCCGAUCAGGGUUUGGAUCUGUGGGUAUGGGUUACAGUGUUUGAUCCAUGUGGUUUUGGUUUGGUCUGAGUAUUGGAGGAGAAACACGACGCGUAGAGCUAGGGAUUUGGAGUCUGGAGAUAGUGCCGCCGCCGAUCAUGAAGAUCACAGUGAGUAUGAAGAAGAAGACAGUGACAAUUCAACAACUUACAGUUUUGCUAAAAGAUGUGAGUCUAUAAACACUGUGGUAUCAUUCGUAUGGUGGAUCAUUGGAUUCUACUGGGUUGUUGGAGGUGGUGAUAAGCUUUUAGGAGAAGCUCCUAAUCUUUACUGGUUGUCGGUGACUUUUCUGGCGAUUGACGUCUUCUUCGCCAUUUUCUGUAUUGUUUUGGCUUGCCUUGUUGGGAUAGCUCUCUGCUGCUGUCUUCCCUGCAUCAUCGCUCUUCUCUACGCCGUUGCAGGAACGGAAGGAGUAUCAGAGGCUGAGCUCGGUGUUCUUCCCCUUUACAAAUUUAAGGCUUUCCAUACCAACGAGAAGAACAUUGCCGGACCUGGCAAAAUGGUUCCUAUACCGACCAAAGGACUAUGCUUAGCAACUGAAAGAACACUGCUUGCUGAGGAUGCGGACUGUUGCAUAUGUCUGAGCUCAUACGAGGAUGGUGCAGAGCUUCAUGCUCUUCCUUGCAACCACCAUUUUCAUUCGAACUGUAUUGUGAAAUGGCUUAAGAUGAGAGCAACAUGCCCUCUCUGCAAAUACAACAUUCUUAAAGGAACGACUGACGAAUCUUGAAGACAAAACCCAACUAAGAAGAGAGAGUAUUAUUCUGCACAUAUGGAUACAGAAUCCAUUUUCUCAAUUAAAACACUUCUGUAUAUAUUUAUAUAACUAUCAAAAUCAUGUAUCUUUUGUUAAAAGCAUCCAUUUUUAAAUGUAAAAGAUGACAAUUUACAAAUGCCCUUUACUAUAUUUGCCCA